GAUAACGCCGGCGAUAUGUGAUCUCGCCCCUCCCCGCUGCCGGCUCGCAGAAUAAAACGCUGAUCUCAUGCCCUGCGCGGCCGGAGCCCUUGGCUCAGCACCGGGGCACAGCCCAGGCAGGCUCCGCAGCCCCAGCCAGCGGCCAGGCUGCCCCUCGGCCCCCAGCCAUGACAUCCUACCGGCAGGAGCUGGAGAAAUACCGGGACAUCGACGAGGACAAGAUCCUGCGGGAGCUGUCGGCCGAGGAGCUGGAGCAGCUCGACACAGAACUGAUGGAGAUGGACCCUGAGAACGUGCUGCUGCCGGCGGGGCUGCGGCAGCGGGACCAGACGCAGAAGAGCCCGACGGGGCCGCUGGAUCGCGAGGCGCUGCUGCAGCACCUGGAGAAACAGGCGCUGGAGGCUGGCGAGCGCGAGGACCUGGUGCCCUUCACCGGCGAGAAGAAAGGGAAGCCCUUCGUGCCCAAGAAUCCCAAGCGGGAGAUCCCCCGCGAGGAGCAGAUCACGCUGGAGCCAGAGCUGGAGGAGGCGCUGGCCAACGCCACCGAGGCCGAGAUGUGCGACAUCGCAGCCAUCCUGGGCAUGUACACGCUGAUGAGCAACAAGCAGUACUACGACGCGAUCUGCAGCGGGACCAUCUCCAACACAGAGGGCAUCAACAGCGUGGUGAAGCCCGACACGUACAAGCCGGUGCCAGACGAGCCCCCGAACCCCACCAACGUGGAGGAGACGCUGCGGCAGAUCCAGGCCAACGACGGGGCGCUGGAGGACGUCAACCUCAACAACAUCAAGGACAUUCCCAUCUCCACGCUCAAGGCCAUCUGCGAGGCCAUGAAAACCAACACCCACGUCAAGAAGCUCAGCCUGGUGGCAACCCGCAGCAACGACCCCGUGGCCACCGCCGUGGCCGAGAUGCUGACGGAGAACAAGACGCUGCAGAGCCUCAACAUCGAGUCCAACUUCAUCACCAGCGCCGGCAUGAUGAGCAUCAUCAAGGCCAUGCACCGGAACAGCACCCUGAGCGAGCUCAAGGUGGACAACCAGUGCCAGCGGCUGGGCGACACGGUGGAGAUGGAGAUGGCGACGAUGCUGGAGCAGUGCCCCUCCGUGGUGCGCUUCGGGUACCACUUCACACAGCAGGGCCCCCGUGCCCGCGCCGCCAUCGCCAUCACCCGCAACAACGAGCUCCGUCGCAAGCAGAAGAAAACCUGAUCGCUUCUCACCACAGCCCUGCAGCCCCCGGAGCUCAGCUCGCCCCCGAGCCGCGCUCUGGGCUCCCCAGGGCCGGGCCGGCUGUAAAUAAAGGUUACGGAGACACGGGG